AUGCCAGACUCCCAGUCGCCCGGUGCGGCUGCACCCCCAGCUGACAAGCCCGACUCAGGAUACAUCCCCGGUGAUGACACCUGGACCCAGUUCCGCAACAUCUACUCCAUCCUCACCGGGAAGAUGUCCGCCGAGGGCAUCGAGAAGUUCCGCGUCGCGCGCGAUAUCCGAAACGAAGUGGCCGAUUGCAAGCGCUGCGAGGAACAGCGGGACUAUCUUCUUCAAUAUAGCCCCGUGAUCCGUUUUCUCACCGACAAUAUCCGACAACUGGGCGGCGAUCUCCACAGUCACAAUAUCUACUGUCGCAGAUGCACGAACCGAAAGGCCGGCGGAUUCGAUCCGCAAUACGGGAUCCUAGUGUGCGCGAACGAGAUGAAGGACCAGGGUCAUCUGGAGGAUACCAUGGCGCAUGAGAUGGUUCAUGCCUACGAUCAUCUGCGCUUUAAAGUAGACUGGACGAAUAAUCUGCGCCAUGCCGCUUGCACAGAGAUCCGCGCCAGCUCGCUCAGCGGCGAAUGCAGAUGGGCGCGCGAGUUCUUCCGCAGAGGCCAAUGGAAACUCACACAGCAGCAUCAAGAAUGUGUACGACGAAGAGCCAUUCUAUCCGUCCGGGCUCGGCCAACCUGCAAGGAUGAGGCCCAUGCCGAGAGGGUGGUCAAUGAAGUCUGGGAUAGCUGCUUCAAAGAUACACGGCCGUUUGAUGAAAUCUUCCGAUGA